AUGGAAAAUAAAUUAAGUUACUUGAAUUUAUUAUAUGAAAUGUCAAGGGUUUAUUUCAUCAUAAGAUCAUUUAAAUAAAGGGAAGAAUUAAAAAAGUCUCAUUAAAUAGGAAUCAAACUUAAUUUAGCUUAAUCUAAAAUUAUUGUUGAUUCUAAUCAAAACUGUGAUUGGACAAAUCGAUUAUCAGCAACCGUUUCACAUCUUAAUGAUGAAGAUGCUGAUUUAUUAUCCCUUUCUUAUAAUCCUAAAGAUCACAAUCAUCUUUAAAUUCCAAAUGAAAUUGAAUUAGAAAACGACUUUUAUGAAAGUAAUAAAAUAUCAUGA